AUGAGGAAGCUGGAGACUGACAAACAUGCUGCAGAGGUGACGGUACCAUGCACAAUUUCCAUGUUAGAAGCCUUACCAUCUUCUGAGACCAAAUAUGUUUCUCCAUGGUUGGUUUUCUUCACAGACAACGGCACCAUGCACAAUUUCGUGGAUCCGAUGCAUAACCACAACAAGCACCUCACAAAGGUUGUCUCUGAGUUGUUAGUAGGUGCCACAAUUCGUUUCUGGAAGAGCGGUUGGCUACUAAUGACUAAAGGCAUGAAAAAGGUAUUCUUCUACAAACCUUUCACAAAAGAGAUCAUCCAACUUCUGGACAUACCAGGGGAUCGCCCUUAUGACUUUGCAGGAAUAACAUUCUCAUCCUUACCGACUUCCUCAGACUGUGUAGUUUUCCCCAUUUCCCACUGGCCCUCUACCCACGUCGAAGUCUUCUCAAUUGCACGAGGUAUGGAGUCAUGGAGUUCUAAAUUUCUACAUCACACCAAGUUGGAUAAAGACGAGUCAUUUACCCAUGUAUGCUUAACAAUCCGGUUUACUACGACGGAACUUUGCAUGGUCUUGACAAUAGCGGCGCGUUAG